AGCAAUACCAGGCAGUGGCUUGUAGAUUUGGAAGUCGAUACCUGCCGCCAUACGAAAGAAGAAGAUCCCCAUUGCAUAGGUGAGGAAGUGAGACCAAGGGUUUAUGUGUCAGGCCUAAGGUCAUAGAAGGAAGCUAUGGCAGGGCCUGGAAAAAUACCCAGGUCUCCUGAGUCGCCCUGUAAUGUCUCACCCAUAGCACUAGCCUUCCUUAGUGGCCAGGCAAUUACGGACAAUUAUAUAUGUGUACCAAAGACAGUGAGAAAAUGAGAGAUGGAGAGAGAGAGUACCUAAGGGGGUUGGGGGUAAGGUUCUAGACAGGAAUAAAGAUGAAGGAGGAACACAGGGUGUGAGACAGGGAGGAAGAAUCAGGAUUCACAGACUAGUGGCAUCUUUUAUUUAUUUACCCAUUAGGUAUUAAUGAGUGCGCCUUUUAUGCCAUAUCUCCUGACAUCAUUGUAACAACUUUAAGCCUUUCUCUAAGCCGCAGUCUUUCUAGUAUUCCUGUUUAGACUGAUAUGCUAACAUGAUUCUUGAUAUGCCACUUAGUACACUAGUUCCUAUUAUUACCAUUCAGUUGAAUGGGUAAUUACAACACAGGGGUGGGAAUGUUAUUAAAGACACCUGGAAAUUUCCUUUGACUUGGGAACUGGUGACUGCUGUUAACAUUGCCAUUCAUUUCCUACUUGCGGUGGACCAUUGAGGGCUAGCGACCUACUGGAGCUUGCUGGUGUGUGUGACUCGGGUAGCAUCCAGAAGCAAAACAGCAAGAGGAGCUGACUUGGAGUAGCACCACUGGAAGAGAUCCUACCUAUUUCUACUGCUGUUACCACUUUUUUUAGAGACGUCUCCCAGUUACUGAAGACCCCUGGACUUAAAAGUGCAGAGACUCUAUGGUGAAGAACAUAGCUGUUAUCAUCGCUGGUUGCAGAGGCUGAAGAUGAAGAAGACCCAUUAAUGAUGGUGCCAGUGGAGUUUGUAUAUCACCCGAGAGCUGCCAGGUCCUAUUCUUGCAAUCUGUGAGCAACGUGAGACAGAAUUACAGAGCCCCAAAGGAGUCUGUAGGACCCUAAACAGGGUCAGGGAUCAGUUCAUGAAGAAAUAACGAAACAAGCAGACACCAGCCACCUCCGUGACAGGAUACUCCAAUUGCACAAGGGGAAAAAAUAACAGGCCAUUUGACUUAGACUUGAGAUCAUCAUAGCGUGGGAAAGACACAAGCUGCUGGUAUCUGACCCGGGGAUUUAUCCUGCUAAUCUGAUUACUGUAUGAUGGACGUGCCCAGUUGGAAGGAGAUGGAGGUAGCGCUAGUCAGUUUUGACAAUGCCGAUGAGAUAGUGGAAGAUCCCUGUUAUUCAAACGACCUUAUCUCAGCUAGCCAAUCGCAGAAGGGACGCCCCAGCUGUGCCAGCCUCCUGUCCAACUGGAGAAUCCUCAUCAAUAGCGAGAAUGCCAACAAUGAAACCAUUUUCUCCAAGUUUUCUGCUGAAUUCAGUGAGCACCUGGGUGCAGAACGGGUGGAUAUGGAUGAAGGUGACCAGAGAGUCAUCAUAAACAUCGCUGGAUUAAGGUUUGAGACGCAACUUAAAACUCUCAAUCAGUUCCCCGAGACCCUGCUGGGAGACCCAGAGAAGAGGAUGCAUUAUUUUGACUCCAUGAGAAAUGAGUAUUUCUUUGACAGGAAUAGGCCUAGUUUUGAUGGCAUACUGUACUAUUACCAGUCAGGGGGGAAAAUCCGGCGCCCAGCCAAUGUCCCAAUAGAUGUCUUUGCUGAUGAGAUCACCUUCUACGAACUGGGCAAUGAAGCUAUGGACCAGUUCAGGGAAGACGAAGGAUUUAUCAAAGACCCCGAGACUCUCCUGCCCACCAAUGACUUUCACAGGCAGUUCUGGCUGCUGUUCGAGUACCCGGAGAGUUCCAGUGCUGCCAGAGGUGUGGCAUUGGUCUCCGUGCUGGUGAUUGUCAUCUCCAUCAUCAUCUUCUGCGUGGAGACUUUGCCUGAGUUCCGAGAAGAAAGGGAAUUUAAGGCCACCAAAGAGGUCACUAGCAACAUGACCAAAGCCAUGCUGGUCCCUAGCACCUUUACAGACCCCUUCUUCAUCAUAGAGACUACCUGCAUCAUCUGGUUCUCCUUUGAGCUCUUUGUCAGGUUCAUCGUCUGCCCCAGCAAGUCUGAGUUCUUCAGGAACAUCAUGAAUAUCAUCGAUGUUGUCUCCAUCAUCCCCUACUUUGUGACUGUUAUCACUGAGCUGAUCCAGCAUAGCGAACUCAACGGUCAGCAGAACAUGUCCCUCGCCAUCCUAAGGAUCAUUCGGCUGGUCAGGGUCUUCCGUAUCUUCAAGCUUUCCCGGCACUCCAAGGGGCUGCAGAUCUUGGGACAGACCCUCAAAGCCAGCAUGCAGGAGCUGGGCUUGCUCAUCUUCUUUCUCUUCAUUGGAGUCAUCCUCUUCUCCAGCGCCAUCUACUUUGCAGAAGUGGACGAGCCACAGUCUCAUUUCUCCAGCAUCCCUGAUGGGUUCUGGUGGGCUGUGGUCACCAUGACAACUGUUGGCUAUGGUGACAUGUGCCCUACCACCCCAGGAGGGAAGAUCGUGGGGACUCUGUGUGCUAUUGCAGGGGUAUUAACUAUUGCACUUCCUGUUCCAGUCAUUGUCUCAAACUUCAACUAUUUCUACCACAGGGAGACAGAAAAUGAAGAGAAACAGAUUCUACCAGGGGAGGUGGAAAGACUACUUACCAGCGUGAUUACAGGGAAUGGCAGCAUGCAAUCUUUGAACAAGACCAAUGGGGGGUGUUCUCGUGAUAAGCCCCAAAACAAUAACAGAUCAUGAACUUGACGGGACAGUAUGGCGCCAGUCGGGGUUUGACAAACGAGGUAUAAAAUGUCAACACGUUGUCAUUUUUUUAAACAAAAUUGGAUUUUUUCUAGGCAUUUUUCAGUCUCCAGUUUCCUGUGGCUGUUCAAAUAAACACAAUCUUUCUUAUCUCUC